AUGAGGAAGUGGACGAUCCCUUCCGUUCUCUUUCUGCUAUGCCUUCUGUUUCUUCUUCCAGAUCAAGGUCGGAAGAUACAGGCGAAUGCAGAGGAAUCAGGUGCUCCAGUAGAUCCGCCGAAGGUGGAGGAGACAAUUGGCGCCGUUCCGCAUGGAUUAUCUACCGAUUCUGAUGUCGUCAGGAGAGAAGCUGAGUCAAUGUCGAGAAAAGGUCUGCGAGCGAAUGCGCAGAAGUUUGAGUUCCAGGCUGAGGUUUCGCGACUCAUGGACAUUAUCAUCAACUCUCUUUAUAGUAACAAGGAUAUUUUCCUGAGAGAGUUGAUCUCGAAUGCCUCGGAUGCACUGGACAAGAUCAGGUUCCUGUCACUCACUGACAAAGAGAUUUUGGGUGAAGGUGACAAUACCAAGCUGGAGAUUCAGAUUAAAUUAGACAAAGAAAAGAAGAUCCUUUCCAUCCGAGAUAGAGGUAUAGGAAUGACAAAGGAGGACUUGAUUAAGAACCUUGGCACCAUUGCUAAAUCUGGGACUUCAGCAUUUGUGGAAAAAAUGCAGACUAGUGGCGAUCUUAACCUGAUUGGGCAAUUUGGUGUUGGAUUCUACUCGGUAUAUCUUGUGGCCGACUAUGUAGAAGUGAUUAGCAAGCAUAAUGAUGACAAACAGCAUGUGUGGGAGUCAAAGGCUGAUGGAGCUUUUGCCAUUUCUGAAGAUACAUGGAAUGAGCCUCUUGGUCGUGGAACUGAAAUCAGAUUGCAUCUCAGAGACGAAGCACAAGAGUAUUUGGAUGAGUUUAAAUUGAAGGAUUUGGUGAAGAAGUAUUCUGAGUUUAUUAACUUCCCCAUAUACCUUUGGGCCAGUAAAGAAGUAGAUGAGGAGGUUCCUGCUGAUGAAGAUGAUUCCAGUGAUGAUGAGGAGUCAACUGAAAGCAAAUCUUCUGAGGAAGGAGAGGAAGAAGAUGCUGAGAAUGAAGAGGAGGAGAAAAAACCCAAGACAAAGACUGUUAAAAAAACUACAUACGAGUGGGAACUUCUGAAUGACAUGAAAGCUAUAUGGCUAAGGAACCCAAGGGAGGUGACAGAUGAAGAAUACACCAAAUUCUAUCACUCUCUGACCAAGGACUUUGGUGACGAGAAGCCGUUAGCUUGGAGUCACUUUACAGCUGAAGGUGAUGUUGAGUUCAAGGCUGUGUUGUUUGUGCCUCCAAAGGCUCCUCAUGAUCUGUACGAGAGCUACUACAACUCGAACAAAUCCAACUUGAAGUUAUAUGUCAGAAGGGUCUUCAUCUCAGAUGAAUUUGAUGAGCUUCUUCCCAAAUAUCUGAAUUUCUUGAUGGGUCUUGUUGAUUCUGACACUUUGCCACUGAAUGUGUCAAGAGAAAUGCUCCAACAACACAGCAGUUUGAAAACAAUCAAGAAGAAACUUAUCCGAAAGGCCCUUGAUAUGAUCAGGAGGCUUGCUGAUGAGGAUCCUGAUGAAUCUAAUGAUAAUGAUAAGAAAGAAGUUGAAGAAUCCAGUGACAGCAACGAGAAGAAGGGUCAGUACGCAAAAUUCUGGAAUGAAUUUGGCAAGUCGAUUAAGCUUGGUAUCAUUGAGGACGCUACCAACAGAAACCGCCUGGCUAAACUUCUCCGUUUUGAGACCUCUAAAUCAGAUGGUAAGCUAACCUCACUGGACCAAUACAUCUCGAGAAUGAAAUCCGGACAGAAGGACAUCUUUUACAUUACCGGCACAAACAAGGAACAGCUCGAGAAAUCCCCAUUCCUCGAGCGACUAACCAAGAAGGGUUACGAAGUGAUCUUCUUCACCGACCCUGUGGACGAGUACCUUAUGCAGUACUUGAUGGACUAUGAGGACAAGAAAUUCCAGAACGUGUCCAAAGAGGGCCUGAAACUCGGAAAGAACUCCAAGGACAAGGAGCUCAAGGAGGAAUUCAAGGAGCUGACCAAAUGGUGGAAGGGUGCUCUUGCAAGUGAAAACGUCGAUGAUGUCAAGAUAAGCAACCGUUUGGCCGACACUCCUUGUGUGGUCGUGACCUCAAAAUUCGGUUGGAGUGCCAACAUGGAGAGGAUCAUGCAGUCCCAGACCCUCUCGGAUGCCAGCAAACAAGCCUACAUGCGCGGGAAGCGAGUCCUCGAGAUCAACCCUAGGCACCCGAUCAUCAAGGAGCUCCGUGAAAGGGUCGUCAAGGACCCGGAGGAUGAGAGCGUGAAGCAAACAGCUCAGCUAAUGUACCAGACGGCACUUAUGGAGAGCGGGUUUGUGCUCAAUGAUCCAAAGGACUUUGCUUCUAGAAUCUACAGCUCGGUGAAAAACAGCCUUAACAUCAGCCCAGAUGCAUUGGUUGAGGAGGAAGAUGAUGUGGAAGAGGUCGAGACCACGGAAACUGACUCGUCUUCUUCAUCUACUAAGGCCGAGGAAGCAGCACCUGAAGAGGACUUGAAGGAUGAGUUGUAA